GUAUGCAGGCCUGGCUGUCCAGCACCUCCCCACCCUUGGCCCUCAUUGGCAGCCUCAGCCUGCAGUGGACUGCGCCAAGCCCACACCCAGUCCUCUCUGGAGAAGGAAUAAGAGGAGGAAGAAGCUGCUGCUCCGUCUAUACUCCUGCCACUCGGACACUGAAGCCAGAGAGGACACCGGCCGCAAAAGCCUCCAGGAUGUCUGAGCUGGAGAAGGCCAUGGUUGCCCUCAUUGAUAUCUUCCAUCAGUAUUCAGGGCGAGAGGGCGACAAGCACAAGCUGAAGAAAUCAGAACUCAAGGAGCUCAUCAACAAUGAGCUCUCCCACUUCCUGGAGGAAAUCAAAGAGCAGGAAGUCGUGGACAAAGUCAUGGAAACACUGGAUGAAGAUGGAGAUGGAGAGUGUGACUUCCAAGAAUUUAUGGCCUUCGUCUCCAUGGUGACUACAGCCUGCCAUGAGUUCUUUGAACAUGAGUGAGACAAAAACAAGGAGCCAAGCUGCUCCUGUGGCAGACACGAAGGUCACAAGCGGCAGCAGAGCAAAGCCUUGCAGGCUCAAAGGAGCUGAGCUCUCCAGUCACAUACAACUAAUUAGGAAGCUUGAUUUGCUUGGGGAAUGGAAAACUGAAAGCCUUCCCAAGGGCUGCUUGAAAUUAGCACAUCAUUGUUUCUGCUACAUUAGGCAUUCCUGUGAGCUGUCUGGUCCCAGGAAGUAUGGGUAAGCAUCACUUAGGGGACAAAAUCAAUGCUCAGCAGUAAAGCAUGUGUGGCAGACCACCAUGCCCCUUAGAAGCAUCACCCAGAAGAAUUAUAGGACAGCAUUCUCAAUGCUUCCAACAAACCCAAAACUCCACAGCUGGAUCCACUGUCACUGGAAGAGGCUGCUUUUCCUUACACCUUCCUUACACUGUUUGUGCAAAUGAUGCCCAAGAAAGCAGAUAGUCUGAUUACAACACCCUCCCCGAAGCCCAAAUGAGCAGGGCACUUAAGUCUCUGCUUCCAGUGAGCAGCCAUUACUAAGUAAACAGUCAACGCCAACAGUUCUAACUGCAAACAAAUAGAUCUCACAAACUAAGCAUUAACAUUCUAACUUGGGCCUGAGAAUCAAAAUUCUAUUCAGUAGACUUUUAGGAUGGCACUGCUGUUCCUGUAGGACAUGUACAAAGGAGGAGACUGACUACAGUGUAGUGUACACUGUGAAGAUGUGUCACUCUGAUGGGUUUAAUAAAAAGCUGAAUGGCCAAUAGCUAGGCAGGAUUUUCAAGGGCAAAGGGAAUGCUGGGAAGAAGUGGGGAGUCGCCAGACAGACGGAGAGGAAGCAGGAUGAGAGUACAGAGUAAAGGUAACCAAGCUACAUAAAAGAAUGUAGAUUAAAAGAUAUGGGUUAAUUUAAGUUAUAAAAACUAGUUAGUUAAGAACAAGCGUAAGCUAUCGGCCAAGCUUUCAUAUUAAUAAUAAGUCUCUGUGUCAUUUUUUGUGAGCUGGCAGCCCAAAGAAAAUUCUGUCUACAGUGUAAAGCUUUUUCCAGCUUUACUGUCUAUAAAGCAAGUGACUAUGAGAUUGAUGUCUGCAGGGUGAGUUGCUGGGGGAAUGAAGGGUGCCUCAGAUAUGCCCUUCAGUGGCUGGAAGUCACAUGUGACUUGCUGUGCCUAGGGCCUGCUUACCACUUGGUGAGGCUGAGAGUCAAGAGUGGUGGGAAACUGAACUUAAUGCUUUUUAACCUAUAUAUUCAAAUAAUGAAGGUUCAAAUAAUUCAAGUUACAAAUAAAUAAAAAUCACAUCAUAAAUAUUAAAAAGCCAUUCUAGGGAACUUCUAAUUAUUCUUACCCACCCCCUUUUUUGGUCUUAAAAAUUCAUUAAGUCAACUGAACAAUGCACUUGCAUAAGAUAAAAAGGACAUUGUAAAAAAUUUCCACCACUGAACAAGAAAUAAAAAUAAAACACUCACUAGACCAGGACAAAGACUAAAAGUCCCUAAAGUGGGACUGUCCAGACCUCACUCCAUCCCUCAGGCACAGCCCAGUUAGGUGGAAGGCAGCCGGGGCUGCAGGAGGCUCUGGAAUGUUCAAAGGCUGCACAGAAUCAGGCUCUCCCUGACUAGAGGAUAUCAUGUGGCUCUUGCAGUUUUCCAGACUGGCUGGGCCAUGUGUUAGCUUUCUUGCCACUGUGACAGAAUGUCUGGUAUAACUAAAAAGGGAUAAAGAUUUAUUUAGAUCGUG